CGAGAUUUCUAGCCACGCGCAUCAGCUUACGUGCACGCGAUGGGAAAGGGGUACGCUAGACGCAUCGAAGCUGAAGCGAAUGCGCGCGCAGAAUGACAGAAGGGCGUAUAGCAUUAAAAAGACCAAAAAAUAAAUCCCAGACAAAAUUCGACCCAAUUAAUGACAGCAUACAUGAAUAGUUAUUCAGGGAGAUUAGAAACCCUUCUGUAUCACAACAAAAUCGUAGUGCUUGUUUACAGAGGUGCACGGGAAUGCCGCGGGAAAACGAACCCUGAAGCGCAAACUGCCGCAGCGGAGUGUCUUUUGAGAAGGUGAGCAUCCACCCCGAAGAUGACGAGGAGCGCGCGAUCGUGAUUGUUUGGAUUUUUUAAAUAUUUUUGGAGAUCGUUUUUGUCCUUACUAAUCGUCGGGAUGACGAGAAUGAGCUACGCGGAUCCAACCUCUAGUCGAGAUCUGCUGGGGAGUCGCUCCCUCUGUUUCAUCUUCAUCUGUGCCUUCGCUCUGGUAACACUCGUGCAGCAGAUCCUUUACGGGAAGAACUACGUCAAAAGUGGGCAACAGUUUAGCCGACUGCGCGGAGAUGAGGCAGGCAACUGGAGCGGAUUAAACCUGCCAGACGACUCUCCACUGAGGCCUGCCAGAUAUGGGAGGAGAAGAUGUUUUCGUCAGGUCAUUGGUUCAGACAAUCAGAUUGCUGUAGUAAGCACGCCCUGCCUAGACGAAAUUAAGAAGAAAAAAAAACGCAUUCAAAGGUUUCUGGAGGCCUCUAAUGGGGCUUUGGAGUUCAAUUCAACCUCCUGUCAAAUGCUGAGGAAGGAAAUCCUGGAGGUGAAGGUCCUCACUAUGGUGAAGACCUCCGAGUUGUUUGAGAGAUGGAGAAAUCUGCAGGUGUGCAAGUGGGCACAGAACAAGGAGGAGACCAACAACUUUAAGAUGUCUCUGUCUCGGUGCUGUAAUGCACCCUCCUUCCUGUUCACCACAAAACGGAACACGCCGUCGGGCACCAAGCUGCGCUAUGAGGUCGACACCAGCGGAAUCCUGCACAUCAGCCCUGAGAUAUUUAAAAUGUUCCCUGAUGACAUGCCCUACUCCAGAUCAGAGUUUAAGCGCUGUGCUGUUAUCGGGAAUGGAGGCAUCAUCAAAAACAGCAAAUGUGGGAAAGAGAUCGACUCAGCUGACUUUGUCUUCCGGUGCAACAUUCCACCCAUCUCUGAUAAAUACUCCGCUGAUGUGGGAUCUAAGACUGAUUUCGUCACCAUCAACCCAAGUAUCAUCACAGAGAGGUUCCAGAAGUUAGAGAAAUGGCGCAAGCCCUUCUUCGACGUCCUGCAGACGUACGAGAACGCCUCCGUCAUCCUCCCCGCCUUCUACAACACGCGCAACACGGACGUGUCCUUCCGCGUCAAGUACAUGCUGGACGACUUCAGCUCGGCGCGCGGCGUCUACUUCUUCCACCCGCAGUACUUGCUGAACGUGCAGCGCUUCUGGUCCCUGCAGGGCGUGCGCGCCAAGCGCCUGAGCAGCGGCCUCAUGCUGGUCACCGCCGCCAUGGAGCUGUGCGAGGAGGUGCACCUGUACGGCUUCUGGGCCUUCCCCAUGAACCCGGCGGGCAUCUUCAUCACGCACCACUACUACGACAACGUCAAGCCGCGGCCGGGCUUCCACGCCAUGCCGCACGAGAUCUUCAACUUCCUGCACAUGCACACGCGUGGCAUCCUGCACUUGCACACGGGGACAUGCAGCUGAGUGCACAAACACGCGCAAAGAGAGGGGACAUGGGUACACACACACACACACACAUACAUAUACACAGACACACACACACCAUAUACACAGACACACAGACACACAG